AUGGAAUACCGAAUAACAUUAGAAGUUUUGAAUGAUGUUUUGUCGGAGCUGGCUUCACUAUCCAUGCUGCUCCAGAAACGGGGCCUUAACCUCUUGAAGCAUUUCACCUUGCCCGAGGGUGACUGCAAAGCCCAGCAGAGCAGCGUGAGCCCAGAGGCAGGCAGCAGGGGCUGUGACCCUGGCACUUACCUGGCAGCAGGUAGCAACAGUGGCCUCAUUGAGCCAAAGAAGCUGCCGAACCCAGUCAGAGAGUCUAAGACCCACCAGGAGCUCCAUCGGGAGCUGCUGUUCAGCCACAAGAGGGGGCUGUUGCCAGAACACAAACCAGAGCUCCAGAAGGUUCUGGAGACCAGGAGAUUCAAGCAGCUGAAGCAGCAGCAGGAGUCACAGAGGCCCCUGACGGAUCUGGAAGAGGAGCUGAGGAAACGACACCGGAUGCUGGAGCAGUAUGAGCAAGAGUUGGCUCUGAAGGGGGAACAGGAGCGCAGGCCUGAGUUCAUCCUCGUCAAGGAGAGCCUGAAGAAGAUCAAGCUGUCUGGAGAAACAGGCGUGAGGCAGACCUGAGGGGCAGGUGCCUCGUCAUCUCCUGGGAACUCUUGUAGAAGCAGGGGCUGAGGCAUUCAGCAUGAGGCCAGCACACCUUCCAGUGGGUGCCAUCACAGACCGCUUUGUCUGGUGGCUGCCCUAGCAACUGGGAAACCACUAGUUGCCUCAGAGAGGCUGACGAUGGCAGAAUGAGGGCAGGAGCAAGCGCCACCUGUUUCUGAAGAGAGCUCUGAUGAAUGACUCUCUGGCCACACGUCUAGACCUGAUGCCUCUGGGAGGGAGGACGUGGGGAUGGGGAGCCUGCAUAGAAGGGAUUGAGCUGGACUUGGCUGUUUAUAUAACACCCCCUACCCCAGGCCACACUUGUAGUUCUGCAGACUGAGCUCACUGAACAUUCCAGGGUCUCCUUUCACCCCUUCAUUUCCCCUCACCAGCUCUGUGGGGGAGCCCAGAGAACCAUCAACUGAGAGUCACCUUGUUACCCCCGGUGGCUGGGUGUCAGCUUCCUGACACCACCAGCCUGUCAGCCACCCAAGCCCUCUCCUCCAGGCUAGGCCAGCCCUGAUUUCACCCUGCCCAUUAACACUAGGUGCACCCCAGGCCCCGAGUCCCUUUGAAGUGUUCCCCUGUCGUAUCCAGCCCCCGACACUGGCUACUCAUGGAAAUCCCAGGUCCACUGCCCCCAAAGGAGCCAUGCACCCCAGGUUGCCAGUUUUAUUUUAAGCCUGUACCAAACACAGCACUUGUAAUAAAACAGAAGAAGGUCUAUGUGAGAUAGGAUGGAGAUUCUACUAGAGCGAUGGGAACAAAACCAUAAGACGCAAACCCGGCUCUCCACUGAUCAGUAGUUCCCUUUCCUACCUAAUCAGGAAGGUUCCCCCCAGUUCAGUCUGCUGCAGAUCCAAACCUUCAUGAGAACACUAAAAUGCCUCCUCAGUGAGUGGAUUCAGAGGGCCUUUCCCCAUUCUCUGUUAUACGGAAACAGGCUUUUGUCUCUGUUCACAGGCUGGGUGAGGCUCUGUCUGUCGUCAUGUUUCUUUUUACCUCCAUGAGGUUUCAAUUGUUUGCAUUUGUCUCUGGUGCUUUUUCCAUUGAAAGUCGUGGGCUAGUGCAAGGCUGGACAAUUGAGCCUAGUAUUGCAUCAUCAACUCACCAGGGCAGGGGGACAGCUCCCUCCUGCCUGAAUGGGCCAGCACCGAGACAUGGUAUCCCCUGGUGACUGACAUCUACUCCAAACCCACAAAGCUGCCUGUCAGUAUCAUGACAUUGUUCCUUAAAUGUCACCCCUACAGACAGCUUGCAGUGAUUAUGAAUCUGGACAAGUGACGAGCUUUUGGUAGAUACCUUACAUUACUCUUUAUGGAUAACUAUCCUGUGGGAUGUGUGUUUGGUUUAGUGAGUUUGUGAGGUGAGAGCUCUUUGCAAAGAACAAGGGACCCUUUGCCACAGGGUCUCUGUCACAUCUCCCCUGACAUUGAUGCAGUAGGGCUGGCCAUUGGCUAUUCAGCAGGCAUCAGUUCUGGGCUCUCUUUCCUGGACAGGGCAUCCGCUAACACGUUUCCUUUCCCUUUGAGGUGCACCAGCCUCAAGUUGGUACCAGUGGCCCUGUGCAGCCAGGCCAAUGGAGUGUGAUCUGUUAACCCCCUAAAUUACUUGUUGAACAGAUGACAUUUCCCUGGCUGCCCACACAAUUGCAUGGCACUCUUGCUCCUAGCCAGAGUAGUUUUGAUUCAGUGGGGUCAGUUGUUUAUGUAAGAGUGCAAUGGGGGCUUUUGUGUCAGUCUCCUCUGCCUGCACUAGAGCUGUCGGUGUUGCAUACAUCUGUACACAGCUUAAACACCCAGGCUGUGCCAGAACUGGCUUUUCUGACCAGAGGCGCUGACUUUCUAAUGUACCAGGGGGUGCACGACCCCCCUGGCUCUGGCCCUGGCUACACCCCCACUCCAGCCCUUCUCCCAAGCUCCCACCCCUGCCCUGCCUCUUCCUGCCCCAGCUCCACCCUUGCCCUGCCUCUU